CUUUUUAUUAUGUGUUUUUGUUUUAUUUUUGUCUGCGAAUAUCAAUCUCGUGAUUUCAACUCGUCAACAAAACCACGUGACCUACAAUGCGGAAGUGCGUUGAAAAAAAAAGAGAGGGUGCUGUCAUUUGUCGUCGAUGUUGUGAGCAUCGAGCCAUGACCCGAAAAGAGAUUCGUCUCUGUUUCCUUUUCAUCUUUAUUGUGUUUCUUCAUGUUGUCACUGCAUUCAAGAAGCAAAUAUGGCCGGUGCCUUACAGACGCUUUGACAGUCGUCCUGACGUGGACUCUUAUUGUGAGGCUCUCUACCCGUUCUGUCCCACGGGGGACCGUGACGGCCGCAUUCCCUACCUGAGGGACAGCGACGUCAUUUCAGUGUAUCGACUGCAGACUCCUGUGUGGGAAUUCAAAUAUGGAGACCUGCUUGGCAAACUCCACAUCAUGCACGAUGCCAUAGGCUUCAGUAGUGCCGAGACGGGGGCCAACUACACCAUGGAAUGGUACGAACUCUUCCAGCUUGGCAAUUGUACUUUCCCACACCUGAGACCUGAGGUGUACGCCCCCUUCUGGUGCAACCAAGGAGCGGCCUGCUUCUUUGACGGCAUCGACGACUCUCACUGGUCGCAGAACGGAACCUUGGAGAAAAUAGCGGAGAUCAGCGGUAAUCAGUUUAAUGAAAUGGCCAAGUGGGUGCAGGACGACAACUCCACAGGGAUCUACUACGAGACGUGGACUGUCCACUCCGACCCUGGCCCCAACGCCACCGUGUGGUUCGAGUCGUACGAUUGUUCACAGUUUGUCCACCGCACGUACCGCAAACUUGCCCAACUGGGCGCUAAACUGUCCAGCCGCUCACAGAACAACUACACCAAAAUCUACCUGUACAGCGGAGAGCCUACCUAUCUGGGCAACGACACUGCCAUAUUUGGACAGCCGGCACUCAAGAACCUGGCAGCAGACAUUCGGGAUUUUUAUCACACAUUCCGACCACACCAGUCUAUGAUGGAAUUUGCACUCAGCAUGUUAGAGGCUUACAAAAAGGUGGUGUUGGACAAGAACUUCUACUUCUACUAUAACUUUGAAUACUGGCGGCUGCCCAUGAAGCCUCCUUAUGUACGUAUUACUUACGAGGAGGUGCCUUUGCCUUAAUGCAGUGCUAAUUUCUACAUACUAGGCUUAAUAAAAUACAUCAUGUAUUACCAUUUUACAGCAUUUAUAUACAAUGAGAACAAUCAAUACUAAAUAUGACUGAAAAAGCAAAAAAAUAGCUCAUUUUAGGCCCCGAACCUUAGCUUGGACAACCCCAUGUUUUUUUUAAAGCUGUUACAAAAGCAAGAACCCUCUUAAUUUGAAACAAUACCCAAUUGACAAUGUUUGAAUGAAUAAAACUUAGAUGAAGCAGA